AUGUCCAAUCAACCACAAAGACCUCCCCAACAUCACCCACAAAAUCCAUUCCGUACACAGCCUAGACCGGGUGUAAAUCCUAACCCCAAUACAAACACCAACCCAAAGAGAAACUUCCUAGAGAGAAAACCCGCAAAGUUCACCUCAAUCCCAAUGUCGUACGCUAACGUGCUACCAUACUUGCUUAGCAACCAAAUGGCCAUGGUGAGCCCGGGAAAGGUCUAUCAACCUCCAUUUCCCCGAUGGUACAAUCCAUACACCACAUGCGCCUAUCAUGGUGGCGUCCUGGGGCACUUCGUCGAGCAAUGUGUAUCUUUUAAGCACAAAGUACAAAUUUUGAUUGAUGUUGGAUGGCUUACAUUUCAAGAGGAUAGCCCAAAUGUAAGGACUAAUCCACUUUCCAAUCAUGGAAGUUCGACAAUGAACGCGGUGGAAGAAUGUAAGUCCCAUGAGUUGAAACAGAUAAGGGAUGUGUCGACUCCAAAACGAUUCAUAUUGGAGGCGUUGCGCGAGGCCGGUGUGAUUAAAUGUGAUGGUAAUAAGGGAGAUCCAUGCUUGAUGCAUCCAGGGGCAUUACACGAUGUAGAGAGAUGCCCAAUAGCUGAGGAGUUACUGCAGGGACUGAUAAAAAAGACGCCAGCACCCUUACCUUAUAAGAGUGACAAGGUAGUACCGUGGAAGUAUGGCAUACAGGGGCCCAACGAAGGGCAGGACGCGUCCGUCAUAUGUGUUGGGAAUGGCAUGCCAGCUGCUAAGGUCACAAAUAUUUCCGGUAUGAGCGGCAUGACUCGUAGUGGACAUAUUUUCGCUCUUCCAGAACUACCGGCAAGGUCAAAAGACAAGGGGAAGGCAAAGGCAGAUAUGGGUGAGAGGGAAAAGACAGGCUUGACCGUGAAUGAUGAGGCCUCGGCCGAAAAGUUUACAAAGGAAGGGGAUGACCUUAACAAGAAAGAGAUAUCGGCUGAGGAGGCAACUGAAUUUCUGAGAAUCAUUCAGCAGAGUGAAUUCAAAGUAAUUGAGCAAUUGAACAACACUCCAGCCAAGAUCUCUUUAUUAUGGCAGCUCAUGCAUUCCGAGCCUCAUCGGGCGUUGUUGGUAAAAAUCUUGAACGAGGCCCAUGUGGCACAAGACAUAUCGGUGGAGGGUUUCGGGGGAAUAGUCAACAACAUCAACACAAACAAUUACCUGACUUUUGCUGACGAGGAGAUGUCAGUUGAGGGAAAGGGACAAAACAAGGCUUUGCACGUAUCGAUCAAGUGCAUGGGCCACAUAGUGGCCAAGGUACUCAUUGAUAAUGACUCUUCUCUCAAUGCCAUGCCCAAAACGACAUCGGAUAAAUUGUCAUUAAGGCUAAGCUCCAUGGUGGUAAGGGCUUUUGAUGGUAGCCGUUGUGACGUGAGAGGAGAGAUCGAUCUCCUGAUUCAUAUUGGGCCACACACCUGUCAGAUAACUUUCCAAGUGAUGGACAUAAGCCCCGCCUAUAGUUGCUUCUUAGGUCGACCUUGGAUCCAUUCUGUUGGGGUGGUCCCAUCAACAUUGCACCAGAAAUUGAAGUUUGUGGUUGAGGGUCAGCUAGUUAUAGUUGUCUCCUUGAAAUGGAUUGGUAAAACCCUAGCUGGGGAUUUCUAA